UUUCCGAGUGGGUGUUCAGCAAAAUUUUCAUUUCAUCGUUAAGUUUUACCUAUUAACCUUCGUCUCAUUCAUUCCCUGUUUUGAAGGUUGUUCUUUCUUGCCUGCUUCUUCUCAGUAUUUUCUUUCUUGAUUCUCCUUUAUUGUAUCCAUUGUUCAUUUUUUGUUUGUUUUGCUUUCCAUUCGAACCUCCCCCAAAGAAAAAGAAAAAAAAAUGGAAGCAAUUGCUACUGGUGCUGCUGCCAAUAUCUCUUCUGAAACUGCAAAGGGUAUCUUUCAUGACGCAAAACGUCAUAUCAGAUAUGUAGUUUUCUACCAGAGAUACGUCAAGAAUUUCGAGGACAAACUUCAGAGGUUGAUUGACAAAAGAUCAAGCGUGCAGCAAGAUAUUGUUGUUGCAGAAAGGAACGUGCAGAAGAUUAAAGCGGAUGUGCAAGGUUGGUGCGAUAGAGUGGACAAGGUUAUCGCCGAAGAGGAGGAUAAAGUGAAGGAUCUUCAAGUCAAAGCAAUCAACAAGUGCUUCUUUGGCUUCUGUCCCAACAUCAAGUGUCGACACAAGCUUAGCAGGAAAGCGGAAGAAGAUGCCGCUGCUUUUGAUGAGCUUAUCAAAGAAUGUCAAUUUAACAGCGUGGGCUACCAUGAUCUUCCACAACUCAUAGUGGAUACAAAUUUUGAGGCCUUUCAAUCAAGGGAAAGGGUUUUCAAUGAUAUCAUGGAAUCCCUGAAAGAUUCUACUGCCAGCAUGAUUGGAGUGUACGGGAUGCCUGGAGUGGGGAAAACAUCACUAGUUAAAGAAGUUGAAAGACAACUCCAGGAGGCUAAGUUGUUCAAUUCAGUGGUUAGGGUCACUGUAUCUCAGAAACCUGACAUUCAGAAAAUCCAAGACGAAAUAGCAGAAUCGUUGGGUUUGAAGAUCGAAGAAAAGAGUACAGUUGUAAGAGCCAGUAGAUUAUUUGAAAGGUUAAAUCAAGGGAAGAAUCAGGAGAAGAGGGUUCUUAUUAUUCUGGAUAAUAUUUGGAAGAAACUGGACCUAGAGGAAGUCGGAAUUCCAUUUGGAAGUCAACACAAAGGAUGCAAGAUACUGUUGACGUCACGAAAUGAAAAUGUUCUAAGCAAUGGGAUGGGCGCUACGAUGACUUUUCAGCUUCGUCAUUUAGAUGAAAAAGAAGCCUGGGAGUUUUUUAAGAAGAUGGUUGGGGACAGUUUUGAAAGCGAUAAAGAGCUGCAAUCUACAGCAAUUGAGGUAGCCAAAAGAUGUGCAGGAUUGCCGCUUGCCAUUGCCACAGUUGCUAGGGCGUUGCAAAAAAAAAGUUUAUUUGUUUGGAAUGAGGCUUUACGACAACUACAAAGGCAUUACUCAGAAAACCCGAGCGAGAUAUCUGCUGAGGUAUAUUCUGCUAUUGAAUUGAGUAUCAAUAAUUUACGGGGUGAAGACCUCAAGAAGGUUUUCCUGCUUUGCAGUCUAUUGCAUCGUGAUAGUAACAUUGAAGAUUUGUUGAGAUAUACAAUAGGUUUGGGUUUAAUUAAUGGAGUAGAGACCAUGAAAGAAGGACGGGAUGCGUUGUUAACAAUGAUGAGUACCCUGAAAGAAUCUUGUUUGUUGCUUGAUAGUAACACUAAUGAUGAAUGCUUUGAUGUGCAUGAUCUUACUUAUAUUGUGGCCAAAUCAAUGGCUUCCAAGGACAAUCAGGUGUUUGCCUUAAGAGAGGAGGAUGUUCUAAUAGAUUGGCCAGAUGCGGAGUCAAUGAAGAAGUGCAGCAAGAUUUGUUUGCAAUAUCCUACUAUCAACAGGCUUCCUGACAAUUUGAAUUGUCCACAGCUUUCUCUUUUCCUUUUGUAUAGCAAUGAUCUUUCCCUGACAUUACCGGAUGACUUCUUCAAGGAAGCAACAAAUCUUAAUGUCUUAGAUUUGGCUAGUAUUCAAUUUUCUUCUUUACCUUCAUCGAUUUGUAAACUAACAAGCCUCAGCACGUUGUGCCUAGAUUACUGCAAGCUGGGAGAUAAUAUUACCAUUAUUGGAAAGCUCAACAACUUGGAAAUUCUUAGCCUUUUGAAAUCUGAUAUUACAUUUCUACCAAAAGAAAUUGGGCAACUGGUGAAGCUAAAGUUGUUAGACGUUAGUCGCUGUGCUAUGCUCAAAACAAUUUCAGACGGCGUGUUGUCAAGUUUGUCAAGAUUAGAAGAAUUAUAUAUGGGUGGGACUUCUAUUCAAUGGGGACAAAGCAGUGUCACUCUUGCUGAUCUGCAUGCACUGUCUCGUUUAUCCACUUUAGAAGUUCAAAUCCCAGAUGCUAAGGCGGCACCACACGACUUCUUUCAGGAGUUGCAGAAGUUGAAAAGAUACAAGAUUUUCAUAGGAGAGGAAUGGGAGUGGGAGCGGUUUGGCAAGUAUCGAUAUUCAAGAACCCUAAAACUGAGGCUAAACACGGGCAUGGAUGAUUUGGAUCUUGGAAUUAAGAAGUUGUUGAAAAAAACUGAAGAUUUACAUUUGGGUGAACUCAAAGGCGUGAAGAUUGCAUUGCAGGAGUUAACAGAGGAAGAAAGCAUAUCGCAUUUGAAGAAUCUACAUAUCCAAAAUGGUUUGGAUACUGAAUACAUUAUUAAUGAUGAAUUUGAAUUUCCUCAAUUACGGUCCCUGACACUACAUGAUCUUCCUAAGCUCAUUAGCUUUUUCCCUCAACACGAAACCGGUGCUACUAGCUCAUUACCUCAACAUGAGUUGCCACUUUUCAAUGAAAAGAUAUCGUUCCCUUACUUGGAGAAUUUGUGGCUGAAGUCGAUUAAUGUUACAAGGGUAUGGCACAACCAACUUUCGAGUACAUCAUUCAGCACUUAUGAGAAGUUGACAACAUUAAAAAUCGAGGGUUGUGGAAGCUUAAAACACCUGUUCUCAUUUUCUAUGGCUAAAUGUCUAGUGCAUCUCACAAACUUUGAGAUAAUUAGAUGCUAUAGCUUAAGAGAGAUCAUUUUCAUGGAGGAAAUAGAAGAAGAAACCCAAACUGGUAUAAAUUUAUCAUUAUUUCCUCGGUUAAAGUCCUUAGAGCUAACUGAUCUUCAGCAUCUGAUUGGAUUUUGCUCCGAUUACCAAACUCAAGUUAUUGAAUUUUCGACCUUGAAGUCACUGAGAAUAUACAACUGUCCAAAAUUGGAGGGUUUCAUAUACAGAUCUUCAAUGAAAGGCAACCAAUGCUUUUCUAAUCAUGUUCUAUUCGACAAUAAGGUUUCAUUUCCCAGUUUGGAGAGAGUGUGGGCUCGCCAUUUGGAAAAGUUGAAGAUGAUAUGGGAGAACCCACUUCCACCAAAUUCAUUUCCCAAACUAAGAGUAAUCAGCAUUACAAAUUUAUCAAACUUGAAAUAUAUUUGGAAAAACGGUCCCAAAGACAUUUUUUCAUUUAAAAAUCUACAUCAAAUAUCUGUGGGGUUUUGUAAGAGUCUGAAGAAUGUAUUUCCAGCCUCAGUAGCCAGAGACCUCCCACAACUCAGUGAUCUUGCAAUAUUUAACUGUGGAGUGGAGGAGAUUAUUUCCAAAGUAGAGGAAGGAUUGGAUUCGGAAACUACUGUCACUUUCGAGUUUGAUAAGCUGUCCUACCUUAGGCUUUGGUGGCUACCAGAAUGCAAAUGUUUCUACCCAGGUAGGCAUACCACAAAGUGGCCAAUGUUAAAAGAGGUAACAGCAGCCGAGUGCGGGGAAAUGAAGAUAUUUGGUACACAACUCGUCACUCACAACCAACAACUUGACUCCCAACCACCACUUUUCUUGGUUGAAAAGGUCAUCCCUAAACUACAACGCCUGCAAAUCGGUGCUGAUUACAUUGCAAUGAUAAGCGGUGGUCAAUUGCCAAACAACCUUUUCCAUAAAAUAAAAGCUUUUAGGGUGGAAGGCAACAGGGCUAAAUUUGUUAAUGAUUUCCAAAUUUCUUUCCUUGAAAGAUUCUACAAUCUAGAAGAGCUUUGUAUCUCUGUUUGUGAAAUCAAGGAGUUAUUCUAUACCGAAGGAGAUACUGGUAAUAAGGGGAUGUAUGAUAGGACACUGUCAACAAUUAGAAAAAUAGAACUGACACAGCUUCAUAAACUAAAACAUAGCUUAUGGAAGCAAGACGUGCAAGUGGACCGCAUUCUACCCAACCUUGAAACUCUUGAAGUUAACAAUUGUUGGAAUCUGAUGAGCUUAGGAUCAUCCUCAACAUCGUUUCAAAAUAUCACCACCUUGAAGGUGUGGGGUUGCAAAGGAAUGAAAUACUUAGAUACAUGUCUAGCAGUGCAGGGUCUGUCUCAACUCAAACAAUUGAUCAUAAGAGAAUGCAUUUCAAUGAAGGAAAUAGUUGGAAGUGGGGAAGAUGAAGCAACGUGCGACAUUAUAUUCAGCAGGUUGAAAAGUUUGGAACUUGUGAGUCUACCACGACUUAAGAGAUUUUGUUCAGGCAACCACACAUUUGGAUUCCCGUGUUUAGAGGAAGUGAUAGUGAGUGGCUGUCCUGAGCUGGAGUUAUUUUGUAAGGGAGUUUUAAAUGCGCCGUUGUUGCAAAGUGUAGAAUAUGGAGAAGGUAAAGAACAUUGGAGUGAUGACCUUGACAGCACUGUCCAACAAUUGCAUUCAAAAAAGGUUGGGUACCAAGGCAACGGGUAUUUGAUCCUAUCCGAAUUUUCCAAGUCGAUGGAAAUAUGGAAGGAGAAAAGUGUAGAUUUCAAGAACCUACAAGAUUUAGAAGUGGAGGAGUGUAAUAGCUUGAAAUACAUAUUUAGCGUUUCCAUGGCCUUGGAACUUGUGCAAUUGGAACAUAUAACAGUGAAGAGAUGUCCCAUGAUGGAGUACAUUAUCAAGAAAGAAGCAGAGGAAUCUGCGAUGGAUACAGUCUUCCUACCAAAUCUUAAGAUGAUAAGACUGGAGUCAUGUUCAGAGUUGAAAAGUUUUUGCAUGGGAAAUAUAACUCUGCAAUGUCCAUCAUUGCAUACAAUUAAAGUAGAUGAUUGUCCAAUGAUGUAUGCAAUGACAUGUACAAGAGAUGGCGAAAACACACCCUUUUUCAAUGAUAAGGUUUUGUGUGCCAAUUUGGAAGGGUUGGAGCUAUCGUCCACUAACAUCCAAAAUUUAUGGCCAGAUGAACCACUCGGUGCUAUAUCCUCUAGUGUUCAUAAGUUGCAAAUCUUAAUUGUGGAGGGUUGCCACAAUUUGGAAUAUAUAUUUCCACCGUUUUUAGUCAAAAAUUUUGUGGAACUCGUUCAACUUAGCCUUGUCGAUUGCGACAACUUAGAAGUGAUCUUUACAGAUGAAGCAACAGCAGAAGAAGAAGGGAUAACUGAGGCUUACUGGUUCACUAAACUAAAUCUAUUGGAGCUCAGUAGGCUUCCAAAAUUAGGGACAUUCUGUCAUGGAGAAAACUCAGAGACUGAUUCACCAACCCUCUUCAACCAAAAGGUUGUGUUCCCUAACUUGAUCCAUUUGACCAUUCAAGGCAUCGGGAAGUGCAGAAAGAUAUGGCACGAUAAACCCACUAUGAAUUCAUUUAAUGAAUUGACCAUGCUCUGGGUGAAAGACUGUGAAAGACUUUCAAAUAUUUUACCUUUUAGUAUGGUGAAAAGACUUGAAAAGCUAGAAACUCUGGCAAUAGAUGAAGGUAAGUCGGUUGAAGAAAUAAUUGGACCUGAUGACGAUCACUUACGCAAUUCCAAUGAGUCACACGCAGUGACAUCCGCCCAAUUGAUCGAACUCAAAUCAAUCACCAAGUUUGUGUUUCCUAAAAUGAGAGAGUUGUAUCUUCGAGUGCUACCCAAGUUGAAGGGUUUCUACUCCAAGGUGCAUACUACGGAAUGGCCAUCCUUAAAAUUAUUGGCGGUAAGUGAUUGUAGCAAGGUAGAGAAUUUGGCUAGGGAGUAUAUCAACUUUGGAGAAACACAAGGAGAGAGCCAACCUCUAAUCCCUGUUCAACAACCCCUGUUUUGGGUCACUGAGGAAGCAUUCCCCAAUUUAGAAGAAUUGCAUGUGAUUCGGAACAGCAAUAUGAAGGAGAUAUGCCAUGGAGCACUUCCAAACCUAUAUUUUCCCCGACUCACAAGAAUGUGUGUUAUAUAUUGCCAAAUGUUAGAAGAAAUCAUAGUUUUAACAACUGAUGAAAUAACGAAUGGCAUUGUUUUCUCCCAACUCAAUUCUUUAGAACUUGUUAAUCUACCGAUCCUAUCAAGUUUCUGCUCAGGGAAGUAUACCUUAGCAUUUCCUUCCUUGGAAGAAGUAAUCAUCAGAGGGUGUCCAAAGAUGGAAUUUUUCACAAAGGGGAAGUUAAGCACACCGAUGUUGCAUGGACUACAAUCAACUAAAGGCAAGUAUGUAGGGCACUGGGAAGGCGACCUUAAUGUUAUCCUUCAACAGUUGUUCAUAGAAAAGGUUUUUCCGAGCUUGGAGGAUUUGGAGCUAUCUUCAAUCAACAUUCAGCGAGUUUGGAAACACAAGCUUCUGGCCACAUAUUCUUAUGCCCAAAAUAUAACAUGCUUGACAAUCGAGGGCUGUCAUAAUUUGAACUGCCUGUUUUCAUGCUCUAUGGUGAAAAGUUUUGUGCAACUCAAGAAGCUAAAGGUCGAAAAUUGUUACAAUGUGGAAAAUGUGAUCUCUGUGAAAGGAUUAACCAAAGAAGAAAUGAUGAAUCAGAAAACAUUCCGUGUACUAGAAUUCCUAUUGCUCAAAGACCUUCCUAAACUGACGAGAUUCUGCCAUGGAAAUUACUUUGAAUUCCCCUUGUUGACAAGUCUUAGUAUCGAAACUUGUCCUACACUGAAAACAUUCAUCUCUGCUGCAGAAGGAAACAACUCAGAGAUUGCCUCUCCAACUCUCUUCGAUGAAAAGGCGGCAUUCCCUUGCUUAGAGGAACUGUCCAUUGUAGGUUUGGGAAACUGGAGAACGAUAUGGCAGAAGCAGCCAACCAACUGCGUUGUUCAUGUUGAAGAGUUUCAGCCCAAGGAUACAUACUACAGAAAGGCCACUAUUGAAGGAAAAGAUGCCCAAAGUUCUAAAGGAGAGACUUGACUUUUUGCUUUAGUUUCCACUGAAUUCUAAAAGUAGAAUUGCACUCUGCUCGAGUAUGUUGCUGCUGCUCAGUUUGCAGCCAUAUUCCUUGGAUCUGAAGUCAUUUCGCUUUCUAGCUAUAGUAGUUGGAGUUGAGUGCGAGUAUCGUUGGAGUCGAGUAUGCAUCUAACACGGAUAUGUUCCAAAUAUUUGUGUUUAGAGGAUUUAUUCAGAGUCGUGUUCUCAUACCUAUGUCUGAAAUGCAUCUAAGUGUAUGUACUAUGUAGUUAAUGUAGUCUACUAGUGUGAUGAAUAUGAUGAAUUGCAUUUUUCAUCUCUGACUUAAAUGGUCAAUCCAGUCUAGAAAAGAGUCGGUAU